GACAAGAAAAUGAUAAUAAAAUAUUGGUCCAGCAUUGGAACAGCUGAUUUAAUUCCUCCUUAUAGCAGAACUUGGGCGAAAGCUGUUCCCCUUGCUGCAUAGCUCAGAUUCCUCAGUCAUCGCUCUUAUCUAUCUCGGACAGUUGCUGAGAACAAGGGGGAGCUCGGGAGCUACAGACCGAUGGGACCAGACCUUCUGGAGUCCAAAAGUCAUGAAGCGCCCUUUGAGUCCUGCUUACUCUACAGACUCCUUGCUAACCUUUCCAAUAUGUGAAGAUGGGCAACCGGACAGUCUAACAAUGGACCUGCAGUCCAAGCAGAAGAGAUUGCCGUCCUAUACUCUGUGUGAUGUCUGCAACAUUCAGCUCAACUCUGCCGCCCAAGCCCAAAUACAUUACAAUGGCAAAUCUCACCAAAAAAGACUAAAACAGAUCAACAAGGGCAAGAAUCCAACCAUCCACGGUGCCUCCACUCCUGGUGGUCCAUUGUUGGCUUCUCUAGGGAUACCCAGCCGACCGAUCCAAACACAUUUGGAUAUCAAGCAUCUUCUGACAUUUAGGAUCAAUGGCGUCUCUCCCCUUAGCCUCUUCCCAAACUUCAAUGCAAUGGAUCCAGUGCAGAAAGCAGUCAUUAAUCAUACCUUUGGUGGCCCUUCACCUCCAAAAAGAAAACCUUUUAUAUCCUGCAAUAUUUGCCAUCUCAGGUUCAACUCACUGAACCAAGCUGAAGCUCAUUACAAGGGUCACAAGCAUGCACGCAAGCUCCGAGCCUUAGAGAAUGCGCGGCACAAGCACAAGCAGCAUGCUAGUCGAGAAAGGGCAUCACUGCCCCCAGUGGACACCAAGAGAAGCACAGACUCUCUGGCUGAAAAUUUAGAAACACAGAAUGAAAUUGGCAGGCUCAGUGAAGUUGAAGCAGAAGACAGUCCACGCACACCAACCCCAGAGCCGGCCAGCGCAGAUCCGGAGGAGGAAUGUAGCUCUCCGGAGAAUUCAGACAGCUCUGCUGAAUUAUUGGACACGGGGUCCCUGGCCCAAGAAGUGCCAUACAGUCCUGAGAAGGGCUCAGAGGACAGCUGUGCUUCAGCACAGGACAGUGAGAAGGAUCGUAAGAAUAGGGAACACUUGUACUGUGCCACAUGCAAAGUCACUGUGAACUCAGCAUCUCAACUAGAGGCGCAUAAUGCCGGUGCAAAGCACAAAUCUAUCCUAGAAGGCCAGAGCACUCACCCGAGAAGGGGAAGAGGAAAAGCACUGAGCCGCGCUACCCGGAAACCCAAACGGAUUGGCAACAAGACCAGUAUUGGUAUCCAGAACAAGGCUUUUCACUGUCCUAUUUGUGAGAUCCAUGUCAACUCCGAAACUCAGCUCAAACAGCAUAUGAGCAGCAGAAGACAUAAAGACAGACUGGCUGGAAAACCUCCAAAACCUAAAUACAGUCCAUUUAGCAAGUUGCAGAAGAAUGCUGCAUUGGCGACCAGACUGGCUCUACAUAAACAACUGACCAAGACUCUGGCCGCCCGUUUUCUCCCGAGUCCCCUCACGCCAACAGCUGUCUGCACGCUUCAAAGCCCUCUCACUCUUCGUCCUGCGACGGCUGCUGCUCUCUUCCAGACUCCCCUGCUGGGACCAGCUCUUUUCCGAAGCCCCCCGCCUAUUCUGCGACCUUCUCCUACCCCAAUUAUGUUUGCUCCAUAUUAGCCUGGCGUAACGUGCAGGACUAUAAAGAGAACAAUAUAAAAGGUGAAGCUGUAAUGACCGCAAAAUUGCCUCCCCAGGAGGCAUCAAAAUAUAUAUCAUUGUUGCUUCGCUCAUAAUCCAAAGCACAUCAACCAUCUCGGACAUUGGAGUUAGCUAUCCAAGCCAUACCGCUAACAGACUAGGAUGGACAGCCAUAGUUACCCAUUUCAGACUGUUUGUAUGGAUGGUGGUAGGGGAAGAGGUCUCCUUACCUUCCACUGCACUGGGGCCAGUAGGCAAUUAUUUGGGAGAAAUAGGCCCAAAUCUCCCUGGUGGGUCAGAAGGGUGAUCACAUGGGGAACUUAUAGCAAUAACAUUAUUUUGGAGCCAGAGGUUAAUAGUAUUAAUGUGUAAUAUGCCAGGAAGGUCUAGAACAAAAGUAUGAAGUAUCACAGUUCCAAUUGGUCCACACUGUGAUUUCUUCACAUAUUCCCAGGCAUGAGGAACCUGAUAAUAUUCUUGUGCCCAGAAGUGAGUGCAAAGGAAUCCAAAAGGUUUGAAAGGGUACGGCUACACGAUGACAUGUGUUGCAUGACAUUUUUUGUAAUGAUAGUCAAUGGUGUCGCACUGCGACAUGUUGCGACUGUAACUCGACAGUUGCACAAAAAUCCAAAUCCAGUAUGUUGCAGUGCAGCACCAUUGACUAUCAUUACAAAAAAUGUUGAGCAACAUUGCUGCGACAAGUGUCGUCAUGUAGCCGAGCCCUUAGUCCAAAAAUUCUGUACUAAAUACUAAGUACGUGUGAGAAGCCAGAAGUACAUAAUGUCAGCACAGAGGCCCAAUAUGCAUGGUAUAGACGGUUUCAUUGUAGAUUAUGAUCAAAACACUUCUGCACUGGCUUAAACAGGCUCCAAAAGCUCCAGAUAUAGUCGCAUACAAUGCCUUGACUCAAGAAACGUCCAGAUUUGCUCUCUCAUUACACUGUAUUACAAUGUAUAUACCAAUGUAGGAAGUAACAAGACGGAGCUCAUGGUAUUGGAUCUAGUAGUAAUCCCAUUUCAUGCAGCCAUUUUACAGCUCACGUAGACCUAUAAAAGAAGUGAAACUGACGCCUGAUCCGUGUUCCACCAUGAUCCAUCUACAUUUCUACAAUGAUAUAAGAUGUGAUAUAAAGCCUCUGAUGGAUGUAUAUCAACAAAUCCAAGCUUCUCAUGUCUAACAUCACCAGGAGUGAAGUAACUAUAAAGCCAGGUUAACCCAUAUUAUGGCUCUAAGACCUGGACUUCCUGUGGUUGUAUGGAAAGAUUUUUGAUGGCCAACCCAAAACGGACUGUAGGAAGGAAGGCAUUACAUGCCAACACAAGAGAAUAGUUAAGAAGAAUGGUACAAAAUACAAAUACUGCACAAUGUGUUGCAGAUCCAUGAAACGAUCCCAAUAUACAGUCUAGAACUGGGAAAAUCCAGAAUUGGAAAGCUCAUUCUAGUUCUUUCGUAGCAUGACAGAUCUCUGCUGCCCUCCCUGAUCAUUGUGUACCUCAGAGUGAUCUCAGGGGUAACACGGGCCCCACUUAGUUUUAGAAAUGUGCAUAUUUGAAACCCCAGAUGUUUUUGUGUAGAAUAAUAUAAGCUGCUUUACUGAAAGCCAUUUGGCUCCCUCUGCAAAUAGUUAACGGGAGGGGUGAUGCCACAUGCCACAGGGAUCAGUCGUUUUACCAUUUUUUGGGUUUGCUGCUGUUGUAUAGGUUAUAGUAUUUAUAUCUCUAAAUGAAGACAAAUGAGUCUCUUUAGGUGCCACCUACAAUUCUGCAAAUGUUACAGGGCCGGAGCUGAAGACGUGUGCAAUAUAAAAUGCUGAGUUGUAUAUAAGAAAAUGUAGAAAAUGUAAGAAAAUGAAGGAUUUUCAAAUAUAUAUUAGAAGGAAGAAUAAACAUAUAUUGUAUCUGUAGGCAUUAAAGUCAACUUGUGAGGUGGUUUCUCCUGCGCUAUCUAAGAACAAGAUAUGAUGAGACUGUGAGAAGCUGAACUCUAUGAUAUACAGGUUUAUAGGAUUGGGAGCAGGAUUUCUGGGUAAAAAGCAGAACAAGUCCAGACAGGA